UUAAUUUCGCUUUUGAUUUCAGGAACCGAGAGUGUCGGAAUUCGACAAAACUUUCGUCAAUAUUUUGCCUAGAAACUUUUAGUUCGUUUUUCCGCAAUGCGUGCGUUUCUCCUGAAACUGAACCACGGCCUCCGAGACCUUUCGUACAUGGAGUUGAAAGGACGUGGGGCAAAAGACGGUGGCUCAAGAAGAUGUGGUGCAAAUCGAAGUCGAAUGAAAGUUUCUUGUUAUUUUGAAAGGUUUGGAAAGAAGUCCAUUGCUGAGGGGAGGCAGUUCCGACUACAUGUUCAUAAAGAGGAAAAUGGGGUGAAAGUUGGAGCAGUUUGUUCGAAGCAGUCUAGAUUGAAGUUGAUUUUCUCCAUCAAUCAGUGUCGAAGCGGGAACUUUGUACUGACUGAUGUGGUUGGAACGGUAGAACAACGCUACUGUUUGUUUCUACUUGUUGUCAAUAAUGACGUUUUGCGGCUUGAUCAAAAAUUCAUGCGUAUUCUGAAACAUGGGGACAUCAUCCAAGGAUUUUUCUUCAAAAUUCCCCUUCCAAUUAGGCAUGUUCGGAAGCUUUCGCUAACGUUCACAACUCGAUCUGGACUGGAGCCUCAUUGGCCGCGUAGCAUUUUGCGACCAAUUUUCCAACAUCAUGAUAGGAGUAAAUUGAAGGUGCUCGAAAUCGGUUCUUUGGAGACCAACGAAGGGACAUGGACUGAAGUUAUCGCGUGGAUUGGCAAGACGCUUACGCACCUGGAAAUGCUGUCAGUGACAUGCGUUACUCUUGGGGAUUUCUUACUAGCAGCAUCGGAACAUGGACUCAUCUUGGGGUUGAUUCUGAGUGUACCGGAUGAUCUUCCUUUGGAUACUCUUCGUCAAUUGUCCCAUCCGUUGGAGUUUAUUGCGUUCCCGGGAACCAAACUCAUCAGGGCAUGGUCUGUGCUACGUCAAAUCAGUCACUGUAAGAACACCCUGGAGGAUCUUUGGAUUGAAGUGCGUAACCUCAAGGAAGUGAGAAAAUUUCUCCGAGCCUUGAAGGCGUUCAGGCGCCUGAAGAAUGUCGUGUUGUUGUCGAAAAAUUUGUUCCAAGACGGCCAAGGGUUGCUGGAAACAAUGCAAGACUGCCUCGGGCCAGGGUCUCGCUUGGAUCAAGCGACUGUCGUUUGUCAUGUGGGAGUGGAUCGUCGUCAUGAGUACAUUGCUUGUGACGUCCAACGACGAAGGAACUCCAAAUUCUCAUCAGCAUUCGUCACGAGAUUUUACUCCGAAUGGUUUCGCUUUCUGCCGAACAAGUUGAUGAUGGGGCGUUUGUGGAAGACGAACGUUUUAUUGAUUCUAGCCAUCCUGGUCCUGACAAAGGAUGAUCAGUACAGCAUGAGCAGUUUAGCAAUGACCACAAGUGUCGAUGCUGCUGCUGCUGAUUAUUCAGACUCGAGCAUUAUUGUUCCUGCUGAUGUGCUUGCUCAUUCUGGGCGACACCAUCAUGAUUCUUCAGCUCGUCGACGAAGAUUUAUUGCUCAACCCAGACUGACUGCAGAUGAAGAGGACGACUUCAUGGCUGUCGUGGAGGCGCGACUAUUCGACACGGCUUCAGUGAAGCAUGUUCUGACCUUCUAUCAUGAGCUGACUUUGGCCUACUUGCGAGCAACUUAUGGUCCUUCCAACUUCUUGACGGGGUUCCGCAUUCAAGCCCCUUACGGAUCACUUGCACCUGUUGUGGUUUCAAAUGAAAGUGCUUUGAUUCCGUUUCCUGGAGCAAUUGCAUCCAGGAAAUACUUCAAACGUGAACUCGUUUUUCAACAACAGUUUCGCAAUGAUUGA